AUGACAUCUGAAGCGAAUUGGGAGAAAGUUGCUGCGGGGAAGCGCGCAGCUCUCGCGGAAUCCAUUCCGACCGAUUAUCGCAUACCGCAGGACAAGAUACCACCAGAGUCACAACUCAACGUGACAACAUGGCCCAAGGAGUCUGGAUGGUUUACAGCAAACGAGCUUGAGAUUACUGAGAGUACCGCAUCGCAUAUCCUAAAGAAGAUCGCGUCGAAAGCAUGGAGUGCCGAGGACGUCACGGUCGCGUUCUGCAAACGCGCUGCAGCAGCUCAUCAACUGACCAAUUGUCUUAGCGAUGCCUUCUUUGAUGAAGCAGUGCAGCAAGCCAAAUCCCUCGACAAUCAUCUCCAACGAACUGGCAAGACUGUAGGACCGCUCCAUGGUCUGCCAAUCUCGCUCAAAGACAACUUCAAUGUAAAGGGAAAAGACAGUACUGUAGGCUUUACUUCGUUGGUGAACCAGCCGGCGGAAUACAAUGCUACGUUGGUGGAAAUACUCGAGCGACUAGGCGCAGUCCGCUAUUGCAAAACCAAUGUGCCGACGGCCAUGAUGAUCGCAGAAUCUGUUAAUAACACAUUCGGACGUACCGUCAAUCCGCUGAAUCGCAAAGUCACCUCUGGUGGUUCUUCAGGUGGGGAAUCAGCCCUCAUCGCGUUUGGAGGAAGUCCUUUAGGCGUCGGAACCGACAUAGGUGGCAGCUUGCGUAUCCCAGCAGCAUGUACUGGCAUCUUCACUCUUCGCCCGUCCUUCGGUCGUUUCACCACACAACGAUGUAGAUCUGGCCUCGCUGGUCAGGAAGCAGUACAAAGCGUCAACGGACCCAUGGGAAAAACACUUGAGGAUAUAAAAUUGUACUCAAAGGCUAUUGUCGACGCGCAGCCGUGGAAAUUAGACCCAAAGAUGCUGCCUAUCCCGUGGCGGUCAGUGGAUGCUCCGACGAAGCUCAAGAUAGCAGUGCUUUGGAACGAUGGCAUAUGCUUGCCCACACCUCCUGUAACACGCGCUCUGAAGGAAACGGCAGAGAAGCUGAAGAAGGCUGGACAUGAAGUUCUGGAUUGGGAUCCAAAACUACACGGGACUGCGCUGACACUUCUGGGACGAAUGUUCGUCGCCGAUGGAGGUAAGAGUGUCGAAGCAUUGCUCGGAAUAACAGGCGAGCCGUAUCGACCCGAGAUGGUUCAGUACAAAGAUGCCAAGGAACUGGGCGUGUACGACAUGUGGAAACUGCAUUCAGAGAGAUCUGAGCUACAACGGCAAUACUUGGAACAGUGGAUGGCCAUUGAAGGGCUAGACGCCAUCCUCGCACCCACAACUCCGUACUCGAGCGUAGCGCAUGGUGACUUCAAGUAUGUCGGGUAUACUGGUGUAUAUAAUGUGGUUGACUACGCUGCCGUAUCUUUCCCAUGUGGGGUCUCAGUCGACAAAGCAAUCGACAACCACGCGAGCGACUACAAGCCUCAGAGCGACUUCUGCCAGGAUGCAUACGACAGCUAUCAACCUGAGCUACUUCAUGGCCUGCCAGUUAGUCUCCAACUUGUUGCGCAACGGCUGGAAGAGGAAAAGGUUCUUGCUAUGACCGAGACGGUACUUCAGGCGAUACGGUCUUAG